GCGGCUGGUGGACAAUCUACGGUAUCGCAGGGGCAAGCGGUCGGAAGUGACAGAAAGGAUGCCUCUCUCGCUUCGGGGGCUAAGAAGGAUAAAGAAGAAAAAGACUCCAAGGCAGAGAAAAAAAUCAGAAUCUUCACCACAGUUCUACAUCCCACGCAAUUGACCUUGCACGCAGAUAUGGCUGUUAUGGCGUCAACACCAGUUCCAUCACGGCUGAGUUCGUACUCGCGGCCGCAGCAGUCAAGUUCUACGCUUGCUACACCAACAUCCGCUUCGAUGCCCGUACCACCUACGCCAACUGGGUUGACUAUCAACACAUCUCCUGGGGCCCUGAGCACAAAGACAAUGCUCAAUGAUAAGACUGCUCUGAAUUUUGAGGCGACUACCCUAUUAGCUACAUCCCCGGCUUUGGUUCUUACCCCCGCCAAGGAUCCUGAGCAUGCACAAACGAUUCUCCGCACGCUCAGGAAUCCCCAUAACUCAUUUCCCAUGCCUCCUCCCAAGUCCCGGAAGAGGACGACAGCUGAGCUUGCAGCAGACGAGGCGCAAGCUGUUCAAGAGGAAAGAUUACUCCUUAUUAUGGAUGAGCGCCAUUCGGGACAUACUUCUUUGGCUCCGGAGUCAGCUGCUGGUGAUGGAGCUAGUGUUGGCAAUGGGUUUGAGCCUGACUUUAAGAAGUUUAAGUUGAUCGAAAGCAUUCGGACUCGGUUAGAGGAGGAAAGGAAAGCAAAGAUCGAGAAGGAUAGACUGCAGCGACAAGAGAUUGAGCAGCGCAACCGGGAAACCAGGAAACGAGAAGAGCUUGAGGCUACCCAGAGGCUGGCUGCAAGCCGAGCUUCUCAGCAUGGCAGUCCUGUGUUGGCACAGGGACCGGUUGUUGGUGCCGCAACAACCGCGGCCCAAGUGAGUGGGACUACUGCCACUGCUCGCCCUGGAAGUUCUGGAUCAGUGCAAAGCCAGUCAGGACAGCAGGUUAAUAAUUUGAGGUUACAACAGCAGCAGCACUUGCAGCGUCCCUCGGCACAGCAGCAGCAACAACAGCAGCAGGCCCAGCAGCAACAGGCCCAGACCCAGGCUCAAGCGCAGCAGCAGCAGCAGGCCCAACAGCAACAGCAACAGGCCCAAGCCCAAGCGCAGCAACAGCAGCAGCAGGCCCAACAGGCACAGCAAGCACAGCAGGCACAGCAAGCGCAGCAAGCACAGCAAGCACAACAAGCGCAGCAAGCACAGCAGGCCCAGCAAGCGCGGCAACAAGCGCAACAGCAAGCACAGCAGCAAGCGCAGCAGCAAGCACAGCAGCAGGCACAGCAGCAAGCACAGCAGCAGGCACAGCAACAGGCGCAACAGCAAGCACAGCAGCAGGCGCAACAGCAAGCACAGCAGCAGGCGCAACAGCAAGCGCAACACCCUGGUGGCCAACAACAGCAGCAUGCUCAACAGACUGGCCAGCAGCCGAUUGGUAUGGCUCAACAGUCGCAAAUGCAGCACCAUCCUAUGUCACAGCCAGGCACAAACGCAGCGGCAGUGGCUACAACUCAAUACAACCAUAUGCAGCAACAACGGAUGCUGUCUCAACAGCACGCCCAGCAGAAUAGCCAGUCGCCAAGACCGCUCCACCAGUCACCACAUCUUACCCAGCAAUCACCGCAUCUCGCUCAGCAAUUACCACAUCUCGCUCAACAAUCAUCUCACCUUCAGAAUGGUUCGCCUCGCAUGGCCCACCAUGCUACUCUCCAACAGCCGCAUAUUCAACUUCAGAUGCAGCAAUUUCAACAACAGCAACAGCUCGCAGCCCAGCAGCUUCGGGGUGGAGGCAUGAACAAUACGAACGUAACCGGUGCACGAGCCACAAUGAUCGGGAGGACUGCAAACGCCGCCAGUCUUCGGCAAGGGCAUCACGUCCGACAACAACUUCCGCAACAGCAAGAGCACCAGUUUCAAGAUUUGGGCAACCUCAGGUGGUAAUGGAAUUGCGAUGGGCGGAGGAGGGGUGCAUUAGCUUCCUCCGGGAAUGACUGGACAGAUGCCUUCGGGGAUGAACUAGAAUAUGAUGCUUAGCAUGGUCAAUAUAAGGAAUGGCACUCAAGGGAUGGGUAGAGGAGCGAGCAGGCCUAAACGGGGCCUUUUGUUGAAGGGGGUUGAGGUUGGAAGAGCACUUUAUGGAGGAGCGCUUGUUAUACUAGUUUUCUUCAGUUUACGUCCUUUGGGUUGGCUCUCUCAUUCUGCGUUUGCUACUGAACCCCCCUCCCCCACUCUUUUUCUUCUUUUCAUCAUUGGUUUGGUUUAACAUGCGGUUUUUAGUAUUAUUUCCUUUUCUGUCUUGUUGGGCGCGGGACGGUAUUGUGUUAUUUUGAUUUUCCUUUGUUUCCUUUUUGUCCCUUUUCUUAUAUUGGGAGGCGUCUUUGUUAGGAAAUCUCUGCGGUUUGUUCGUUCCGUUGAUCCCUUUUCUUUGCUGGUUUAUUUUUUAGUGCUGUUAGGGUAUUUCUAUUCCAAUUUUUUGUUUCCCUUCCCUCCCUCUACUAUCCCCAUUUUACUUUCUGUUUUUUUCUCCUUCAUUUCUUGGAAAUAAUUUGUUAGAGAUCUGGGAAGGGGAGGGGGAAUGGUGUUCACAGGGGUUCCUAACUAAUGAUUUGGAGCAGUGACGUAUAUACGUAAUGACAAAGUAUAUAUACCA